AUGGCCCGAUACCCAUCGUCGACGCGCGCCCUCACCCUCGCCGUGCUUUUCUCCGUGUCACUAUGGGUGGCUACUCUCCCGCGCUCCGCGGAUGCAGUUCAGCUCUCCUACGUGCUGUCUCAGAUCCGCAACAGGACCAACACGGGCAACGCCAACGUGGACAUGUCCGCGGGAGUGGUGGAAUUCGCUGCUGGAUACGACAAGGCCACCGACAUUUCAGGCGGUUCCUAUCUUGUGCCCGUCAACGACGGCUGGACUAACGCACUCGCGGGCUACAAGACACUCAACCCAUCUGCGACAACCUCGUCGGACCCGGUUCUCGAGGCGCUCAGCACGGUGGUGUCCUCGUCGGGGUCCGUGUCGGCCCUCAACGCCAUGUCCGCCAACGCCAAGAACGCCAUGUCGCGCCUCGCCAAGUUCAUGGCGAUUAUCCAAUACAUUGCACCCUCCGACAUGCAAACUGGCAACUACAAGAACGGGCGGUUCAGCUUAAGCACGGCGCUCAACCAACCAAUCUAUCUCUACGCCAACGUCACUGGCUCCUUGCCGGCCGCGGGCUUGGAUCACGUCUUCACGGGGACCGACCGCGGGACCGUCGACCCCACGACUUACAAGACGAACGGACUCGUCGCGGGGAGUGGCGCUGGAGGACCGAAAGCAGUGGCGGAUGUGACAGCCGCGUUUGGUCUGAGCAGCUCCACUCAAGUGUUGGGCAAGACCACGUCGUCGUCUGACAUGUCCGCGAUUGUUGUGACCGACCCGGUGUUUCCCGCUACCAUGAGCUCGCUUACCAGCUCCGACCCCGUGCAACCGUAUGGCAAAGGUGCUGGCAGUUUUGCGAUGUAUGGAAACUUCUUGGGCCUGGGUCUUUCAUUGAUUGCGCUGCUUGUGCUCCUUUAG